GUUUGUGGGUCGGUAAUUGGAAUGCUAGCAUAUUCACAAUCAGGGACGAAUGCAGAUCUCUUAUGCUCAUAUUGGGCACGAUAUUGGAGUUCCCCAAUGCCCCAGUUGUGAAUGAUCAGCUAAAUGUAGCUCAAACACGAUAUCUGACACUCUUCAAUGAGAAUAUCCCCGCUGGUAACAUUGGGGUACAGUAUGCUCAAAGGCGAACUCGACGAGUUAGGGAUGAUUCCAAUUAUGCAUGCAAGCUCUACGAAGACGGAAGAAAAGCAGAAAAGAAAGGAGAGUUGACUGAGGAAGAAAAAAAUGAGCUGAAUCAUGCAAAAGCCCGACUGAGGCAUGAUAUACUUCAUGUACAUCAAGAUGACGCGAACUUCCUCAACAACAACCAGGCCAACAAUGCUGUUGCCAACGACGCUAAUGGCAACAACGCAGCCAAUCCGGCCAACGAUGGCCCCAACAACAACAACGAUGGCUGAAGGCACGCACUCCCAAACACGUCAUCAGCGUACCGAUGUUGAAGCGAGCACGUUUCCUCAGCUCGAUUUGAGCGGCAAACUGAUCAUAAAGGCGCAGCUAGGCGACGACAUCCGCCGCAUUCCGAUCCACAACGAAGACAUUACGUACGACGAGCUGAUUCUCAUGAUGCAGCGUGUGUUCCGAGGCAAGCUUUCCAGCAACGACGAGGUCACGGUGAAGUACAAGGAUGAAGAUGGUGACCUGAUUACCAUUUUUGACAGCUCUGACCUGUCUUUCGCGAUCCAGUGCAGCCGGAUACUGAAGCUAACGAUAUUCGUGAACCACCAACCAGUUCCAUUGGAACCGGACGAAAUUAAGCACAUCAGGAAGGAACUGCAGGAAAUUAGGAACGUUGUAAACCGCCUGCUGGACAGAUUCGAGCCCCGUCACUUUGUGACCAACAGCUCGGAGCCGGAGGACAGUGCGGGGUCACCACGGUGACCGAGGAGCCGAGCUGGCAGAUGCAGUGCUACCCGGUGCAGCCUACACCGAAAAGCAGGCUACCUAUGUCAACACAGAAGGGCGCGCCCAGCAAACACUGCCAGCCGUCCCACCUCCCGGUUUAGCUCGUGAGGAUUG